UUGGAGUCAUUACAAUGAAGAUCCUCGUUUGCUUACUUCUCACAAUAACUGAAACGUUAUGUGAGGUACCACCACCAUAUACUUCUAGAGAAUUUAGACUAAGCUCUCAAGUGUCCAUUCCCCAAAGUACUUAUGGAUCUCCGAAUGGAUCACCACCAAAGCAGUUACCAACAAAGUAUGGCCCUCCACCAACAAGUAAUGCAGAACCGUUAGAUCCUUCAUUUAAAGAGAGCUCUACUCCAAUAAAAUUCACACUCAAUAAUCAAUACCGGACAAUAAAAGGCACCUUCGAACCUGUGAACACACCUCAAAGAUUAUACGGUGUACCAAAAAGAGUUAACUCGCCACAAAAACAGCAAGUACAAACACAAAAUAUUCCACAAACUAUAUAUGGUGCAUCGACAACAUCUAAUCUGUGGACACAAAAUGGAUUCACGUCAAAACAACAAUUACCUAAAGUACAAAAGCAAAAUAUCUUCUCUGCCGUUCCUCAAACUGUAUAUGGUGCACCAGCGGUGUACAAUCAAUUGACACAUGGUGGAUUAGUGACACAGCCACAGGUAACUUAUGGAGCUCCUAAUGCCCCUCAAAAACAGCAGUUACUACAAAUACAAAUGCAGAACGUUUUCAAUCCCGUCCCACAACCACAAAGAAAUUAUGGAACUCCCGAUUCUACCAAAACAACUAUAGAUACAGCAACUUUGGAAGAAAUCAGGGAAUUGAAGCAAGUCUUGCAAAGAAUCGAGGCUUUAAGAUUAGCUCAACAAGUAACAAACCAGUAUGCAGCUCCUCAAAUAACUCAACAACAAAAUCAACAGCUCGAUAAUAGAUUUGUCCAACACCUACCUACACUAGCUAAUAAUAACUUCAGAAAUUCCCUUUCUGAUCAAUAUUUACCUGUGAAAGAGCCGGAGAAUUUCAAGAAAUUUAUUGCACCUACUUCUCAGUUUAAUCCUCAAGAUAGUGCCAAUGUGAAUAUUGACAACACGAUAUCUUUUCGUAAGGAGCAGGGUCGUAUAUCACCCAACAGAUAUAUUCCUCCAAAUCAAAAUAAUAAUAAUAAUAAUCAAGAAGGGUCAAUAUCCGAAUCUACAAAUUUUGGAAACAUUCCAAGAAAUUCGUGGAACAAUUUAGAUUUGCCCAAUGUUAAUAAUGUGAAUACUCAAUCAAAUAAUGGUUUCUCCAACUCAGCUCCUCUUCCUAACAAUGUGGACAUACAAAAAGUAGAAGUAACACAAUUCGGUCCCAGAAAUCGAGUCAGAAAUAAUAGCGCUAGUUCCGGUACAACAGUUAAACCUCAAAUUGAUGAUUUGGGUGCUGGUAGUAACGAAAGAGAAGUUAAUAACAGAUAUCUUCCGCCAAGAGUCGAAAAUUCAGUCAGAAGUCCUCGUCCAACCACACCAACACCGCCAACAUCUGAGCCUGACUAUGACGACCAAGGAGCUGGCGCCGAAACUCCGAACAUUGCAAUUGCUACAUCAGUUGCUGUUCCACAAAAUGACCUACAGUAUUAUUUGCUACAACCAGAUGGUACAUACCAGAGCGUAAUACUUGAAAAAGGAGGACGCCAAGAAAAAGCUAUUACUUACGGACAAAACUAUCUGCUACAAAAUCUACGUUCCAAUCCAAAUAUUGCAUAUACUCCAAUAGUAAAUCUUUUGGGAAAAUAAAAGUGUUGAGUUUCGUAAACUUUAUUACCUAGAAACCAUAAAAAUGAAACUCGUUAAAGUUCCUUUUUUAGAACAUCUUUCGCUGCAUUCUAUAAGAUGCCAUAGAAAAGCAAUUAUAAUGUUGUUGAGAUUACCCUGUGAGUCAGUCAAAAGUAUAUUCUAGAAAUAACCUUAACCGAGAUCAUAUUCAAGUUUGUCAAAAAUUAAUCAAAGUGAAAUUCCAUCCACUGACCUAUUAUCCAGUUUUCUUGUGAAGUGAGAGUGAAAGUAAAGCUUUUAGUGGAGUUUCCCAUAAUUUUUUUAUCUUUAUAAAUUGUCAUAAUGAGUAUGUACAUAUUUCUACAUUGUGGCCGAUAUAAAAUAUUCAGUUUUGCGGAAUGGUACUUUUUAUUUGUAGAUUAAUAUGAAGUUGCUCAGAAAAGUCAUUUUAUUUUUUUAUUGUGUUUAUUUCUAAUUUUCUAAUAUAUUUUCAAUAAAA